AUGAAGCGGAGCCAAGUUCGAUUAGAGGUAAAGUCCUGGAAUCCUGGCGAUGAGCCAGAAGAUGCGGACCAGGAUUCCAAGGACAUUACGAACCAAAUUUGCCAAUCCGGGCGGAAGAGGAAUUUCCUGGCGGCCAAGGAGGCCUUCGAGGAGGCUCAGGUGAAGGACGCAAUCAUGUACAGUGCGAUCAUUGGUGCUGCCGCAAACUGCAAGGAAUUUGACGAGGGAAUGGCCUAUUUCGAGGACAUCCAAAGCAGCUCCUUGGAAGCCACCGACAGCGUCUACAGCGCCGUGCUGAAGCUGCUGGGGAUUCAAGGAAACUACGAGUCUGCCAGCAGGAUUUGGCAGGAGAUGGUCGACUCAGGGCUGCUAAAGAGAUCCUCCCGACAGCAGGGCUGCCUUACUGGGCUUCUGAAUGCUGCGGCAUCUGCAGGAGAUGUUGAGCUCGUUCUGAAGGACAUGGACGCAGCUCAAGCCCAAGGCGUCGAGCUCAGCCCGUCGCAUUUCGGCUGCCUUCUGAAGGCUUGCCGAGAAAGAAGAGAUCUUGAGAAUGCCGAGGAGGCACUGAAGCGGAUGCGUGACGCAAGCAUCCCGGCCAACAUUGUCCACUACACCAUUUACAUGGGAGCAUGUGCAAGGUUCGUGGCAGACGAGCAACCUGGCCACGCUGCGGCUGUAGAGCUUGAGCAGAAAGUUCUGUCCAUGAUGGACGAGGACAUGGUGAAGCCCAACGAUUACUUCCUCGAGGAGCGAAUUCUUCUCCACCUCGGAAUUGCUAGUUUGAGGGAUUGGCUCUACGAUGAGGAUGCACCGAGGCCCGGCGACGCGGAGUUGCAGGGAGCAGCACGAGUUCUGGAGGAGGCGAUUGCGGACAACAUCCGCCUCACACUGGGACUGCGAGAGCUGAGGGCGCGCCUCCCUGUUCUGCAAGCAGCAUCGGAGCAGGCUUACGCACUGCUCAACUCCUAG